CGUAAAUUAUAGCAUGGCGCCGUCCAUGAAACGGAUCGCUGUGUUCGGUUCGACUGGGCAAACUGGCUUGUGCUGCCUUCACGCCGCAGUGAAAAAGGGUCUGGAGACAACAGCCUUUGUUCGAGAUCCUGAAAAGAUUCCAGAAGAACUGAAAGGGAAGGUAAAAAUAGUUCAAGGGGAUGUCCUCAAUACACAAGAUGUGGCUAAAUGCCUAGAAGGACAAGAUGGAGUUGUUGUAGCCCUUGGAACACGAAAUGACACCAGUCCAACAACAGACCUCUCAACAGGGCUUCAAAACAUCUUGAAUGAAAUGGAAAAAGCUCAUAUCAAGAGGGUGUCUGUUUGCAUUUCAGCAUUCCUUUUCUGGGAGAGAAGCAAAGUACCAUCAGUGUUCCAGGCUUUGACUGAAGACCAUGAUCGCAUGCUUCAGUACUUGAAGGCAUCUAACAGAGAAUGGAUUGCAGUCCUGCCCCCACAUAUUGCAGAUGAACCUGGUACAAAUGGAAAGUACCAAGUAGAGCAUGGUAAGGGUCCAGGUCGAGUCAUUUCCAAGUGGGACCUUGGAGAGUUCCUGGUACAAUCCUUGUCAGCAGAUGAGCAUAUUCACCAAGAGUGUGGCAUCUGUCGUCCAUGAAAAUACCAGUGAAGUCCCUGCACUAUCUGUGUAGAUUCUUAUGUUCAACCCUAAAUUUCUUGUGCAAUAGUUAACAAGCAUUUAUUUAUUGCAGUUUCUAAUCCAAUACUAAAAUACAGAAUGGAAUAUUUAAGGGGCAAACAAUAACAAAGUAGAAGACAUUAAAGAGGAAGAGCUGCUGGAGUUUGUGAGAGUAAAUCCUAAUCAGAUGGCUGAAAUUCCUCAUGAAGAGUUAAAAGUAUAUAAUGAUGUUGGUAGUUUCACCUCCAAGAUGUAUAAUACUAAAAUGGAUUCUUUGACCAGGCACUUUUGCAUGCUCCCUGUUGCAUUCAGUAUAAUAAAUCCUUUCCCAAUAUUGACUUCUGUAAUUGGCAGCAAGCUGGCAUGUUUUGUCAUUGAGAACACUGCUGGUGUGUUGCUAUCCUUUCAGUAAUCUUAUGGUUUUACCUCAUAUUAGUAGUCGCAAGGGGGAGUAAAUUUCCAAUCAUUGUUUGGGAAAUAAAAAUAAAAUAAAAGCAAUGCAUAUUUGUUCAUCUAUAUGUUCUAUUGCAUGUUAGUGCUAUACAAGAGAUUUGCCACAUAAUUAUUAUAUUAUAAAUAAAUAAUACCCCACAGAAUACUGUUGGAAAUAAAAUACCCCAUGCGACUUCUGCAGGAUGAAAAUGUGAUUCUUGAAUAAGCAUACUCAUGGAUAGCAGGUACUGCAACGUCUUCUCUUGAAAUCAUCACAAGAUGAAGUUUACACACUGGCAGCUGUUUCAGCAGGGCUAUACUUUGCUCUUUGCAGCAGCUCCCCUGGGACCAAGAUGAAUGCAAAUUUAUUUUCUGGUUGCUCUUCUGAUUUGUGCACUCAUCUCUUGCUGUUUUUGGACUGCUUCAGCCUCUCCCAGCUGAGAAAAUUAAUUGCCCUCAAUCAACAGGAACAAAUAAUGCUCUCUGUGCAGCUAGUUCAUGGA